GGGGGGUAUCAUGAGAAAAAGGUAAUGUAGCAUUCCGUGCUGACCAGGAGAUCACAGCAGCGGAGACUGUAACCGCCUAUGCGACCAUGCCCGUCCUUGCACUUGUGCUCCUCCUAGCUAGCCUUCAGCACGCGGCGUCCAGCGGCGACGGGCAGUUCGCCUACGACGGCUUCGCCGGCGAGAGCCUCGCCCUCGACGGCGCCGCGCGGGUCGCGCCCAACGGACUCCUGGUACUGACCAACGGCACGGUGGCGAUGACCGGCCACGCGCUGCACCCGGCUCCCUUCCGAUUCCGCGAGCAGAAUUCGGACGGCACCGUGCGGUCCUUCUCCACGGCGUUCGUGUUCGCCAUCGUCUCGCCGCACCUCCACCUGAGCAGCCACGGGCUGGCCUUCUUCGUCUCGCGCGCCCGGAGCCUCUCCAACACCAUGCCGUUCCAGUACCUGGGCCUCCUCAACACCACCGACGGCGGAGGGUCAGCGAGCAACCACAUCCUCGCGGUCGAGCUCGACACGGUGCUCAACUACGAGUUCGCCGACAUCAACAACAACCACGUCGGCAUCGACGUCGACAGCCUCAGGUCGGUCGCCGCCGCGAGCGCGGGGUACUACGAAGACGGCGGCGAUUCCGUGUUCCGCGACGUGAGCCUCUUCAGCCGCGAGGCCAUGCAGGUGUGGGUGGACUACGACGGACGGACCACGGUCCUCGACGUGACGCUGGCGCCCUUGGGUGUGCCCAAGCCCAAGAGGCCUCUCCUCUCGCGCGCUGUCGACCUCUCCGCCGCGGUGCCCGAGGAGGCGUACGUCGGCUUCUCGUCCUCCACGGGUGUCAUGGCGUGCAGCCACUACGUGCUCGGCUGGAGCUUCGGCUUGGAUAGUGCCGCGCCACCCCUGAAUGUCUCCCGGCUGCCCGACUUCCCACACCCCAACUCGAAACCCAAACGCAAGCUGUUGCCCAUCGUGCUUCCUAUAGCCGCCUUCGCGGCAGCCGCUGUCGUCGCAGUCGCCGCUGUCCUGGUGUUCGUGCGCCGGCGGCUGGACUACGUUGAGCUGCGCGAAGACUGGGAAGCCGAGUUCGGCGCGCACCGGUUCGCGUACAAGGACUUGCACCGUGCCACCAAUGGCUUCACAGACAAGAGGCUGAUCGGGAAAGGCGGGUGCGGCGAGGUGUACAAGGGCGUGCUUCCAAGAUGCAAAACAGAGGUUGCGGUGAAGAGGGUGUCCGGCGAGUCGAGGCAAGGGAUGAUGGAGUUCGUCGCCGAGGUUGCAAGCAUGGGCCGACUACGGCACCGGAAUCUCGUGCCGCUACUUGGCUAUUGCCGGCGCAAAGGGGAGCUACUUUUGGUAUACAAGUGUAUGCGAAACGGCAGCCUUGAGAAGUUUCUGUAUGACCAAGGGAAGAUCACAUUGUGUUGGGAUCAAAGGUUUGGCAUCAUCAAAGACAUCGCAUCAGGUCUAUUUUACCUGCACGAGGAGUGGGAGCAAGUUAUCGUGCACAGAGACAUCAAACCAAGCAAUGUGCUUCUCGACGACGAGAUGAACGGUCGACUCGGUGACUUUGGCCUUGCAAGAUUGUACGACCAUGGUACCAAUUCAUACACCACGCGUGUAGUCGGCACCACAGGGUACCUAGCUCCAGAGCUAAUGCGCACGGGAAAAGCAAGCCCGGCGACAGAUGUCUUCGCCUUCGGCGCGUUCCUUCUAGAGAUCGUGUGUGGGCGAAGGCCCGUUGAGCAGGGCAUGGAGGGGGAGACCUUUGUGCUCGAGGAUCAUGUCCUUGGGCACUGGCACAAUGGAUCACUCAUGGAAGCAGUGGACUCAAAGCUUCAAGGCGACUACGGCGCCGAAGAGGUGUGCCUGACGCUGAAGCUGGGGUUGCUUUGCUUGCACCCACUGCCUGGUGCGAGACCAAGCAUGCGGCAAGUUGUGCAAUAUCUAGAUGGUGGUGCAGCGUUCUCCGAGUUAGUACUGACGAAUCUAAACGAACGUGCUCACCUUGUCUCUGCAAACAAAAUUGAUUAAUCUCAUGCAAACAUAUACAUGUGAUUCGGCUAGAAGUUGUAUGAACUACGAAGCGAUUCAAUUGAAGUGUGGUGUUUUUCGCACUCAUCGUUUUUUAUAGUUUUAUUUGAGCAUGUGCAGGAUAAUUGUUGUCACACACGGUUUUUAAAAGAACAAGCCAGAUGUAUUUCAUAGGUA